UUGGAUUUCUGCCCUCCAUAACUGCAAGAUAAUAAAUGUGUGCUGUUUUAAGCCACCACAUUCUUAGUAAUUUGUUAACAGCAGCAAUAGGAAACUAAUAUAAUAGCACAUCCACAGGCCCAGAUGCAUCUCACAGCGCAGUGCUAGAAACACUACACACACACACACACACACACACACACACACACACACACACACAACCUAUCUGUUUGGUCUUCCUGUUUCUGCCCAAAAUAUCCCCCUGUACAACCACGCCCAGCAGGUGCUUGAUACGUUUGUGACUGUGUGCCCGUUUUGCGUUGAGCACAACCUUUUCCUGGAGGAAAACGCCUCCUAUCCAGGAUCAACACGGGAGUUUCUUUAAGCCCAGCCCAGGGCCAACACCUCUGCAGAUCGGCCCGCACCAGCACGUGCCCAGGCCUAAACCCCACUUCUGGAGCACAGAGGCCUCGGGCCUCCCCACCAAGCUGGCUCCUCUGGCGCUCUGAAUCUUGCUGGGCUCUGGGGCACUUUGCUUUCCGGCUCUAGGCCUCAAGAAUCCUCUCCUCUCCACCUGGCAGGACAUGGGGAACAGUCCAUGAGGGAGAGGCUGGGUGAUGAGAGGGAUCCACGCCGCAGCUCCAUUUGACAGAUGGAGAAACUGAGGCCGAGAGAGGGGUUGCGGGGGGCAUAAGGCUCACAGGCCAGCCAUUACGGUUGCGACCCCAGGGUUCCUGUAGAUGGGGUUGGUGGCCCCGGUGGAGGCGAAAGUCAGAUUAGUGGGGGCGAGGCCCCAAACCUUCUAAGGAUGACUGACAGCAAUGAGUGGGAGGGGCCUGUAAAGGGGCGGGGGCCCAACUGGGAGAGUCUGAAAGGCCUAGAGCAGGGGCGGGAAUCGUAGGGUGGGCGGGGUCAGACCUGGGGGCGGGGCACACGUUAGAAGAGGGGUGGAGCUUGCAAAAGUAUCGGGGGCGGGACUCGCUGAGGUGCGAAAACUGGGCCAGGGGCAGGGCUUUGACCAGCUACUUGAGCGUGAAGGGGCGGGGCCCGCACGAAGGGGCCUCCCAGCUUGGAGGCGGGGCCUGGAUGGGAGGGGCGGGGCCGAGUGCAGUAUCCCGCCAGGUGAGAAGGGGAUAAGAGUCGGGCAAGCAGCUUCAGCCGCAACCACGGCACGAAGUUGGGUGGGUACGCCUGGCACUUCCGGGUGAAACCGUGCGUAUUUCCGGUUAAGAUGGCGGCACCCAGCAGAGUCAGGUGCGGACGACUUUGUCUGUAGGAGCAGCGGCGGCUUGAGGACCCGGGGAGACCCUCAAGAAUCGACCCAUCAGGACGCCAGAGCUGCUUCAGCGGUGACCACCUUCUCCCUCUAACACAUUCUUCCCUUCUUCACAAACGGCCCAUGUCAGACGAAGGCUCAAGGGGCAGUCGCCUGCCCCUGGCGCUGCCCCCGGCCUCCCAGGGUUGCUCUUCAGGGGGCGGCGGCGGCGGCGGCGGCUCCUCGGCUGGGGGCUCGGGCAAUUCCCGGCCCCCACGCAACCUCCAAGGCUUGCUGCAGAUGGCCAUCACCGCGGGCUCUGAAGAGCCAGACCCUCCUCCAGAACCGAUGAGUGAGGAGAGGCGUCAGUGGCUGCAGGAGGCCAUGUCGGCUGCCUUCCGAGGCCAGCGGGAGGAGGUGGAGCAGAUGAAGAGCUGCCUCCGAGUGCUGUCACAGCCCAUGCCCCCAACUGCUGGGGAGGCCGAGCAGGCGGCCGACCAGCAAGAGCGAGAGGGGGCCCUGGAGCUGCUGGCCGACCUGUGUGAGAACAUGGACAAUGCCGCAGACUUCUGCCAGCUGUCGGGCAUGCACCUGCUGGUGGGCCGGUACCUGGAGGCGGGGGCUGCGGGGCUGCGGUGGCGAGCGGCACAGCUCAUCGGCACGUGCAGUCAGAACGUGGCAGCCAUCCAGGAGCAGGUGCUGGGCCUGGGUGCCCUGCGUAAGCUGCUGCGGCUGCUGGACCGCGACGCCUGUGACACGGUGCGCGUGAAGGCCCUCUUCGCCAUCUCCUGUCUGGUCCGAGAGCAGGAGGCUGGGCUGCUGCAGUUCCUCCGCCUGGACGGCUUCUCUGUGUUGAUGCGGGCCAUGCAGCAGCAGGUGCAGAAGCUCAAGGUCAAAUCAGCAUUCCUGCUGCAGAACCUGCUGGUGGGCCACCCUGAACACAAAGGGACCCUGUGCUCCAUGGGGAUGGUCCAGCAGCUGGUGGCCCUGGUGCGGACAGAGCACAGCCCCUUCCACGAGCACGUGCUUGGAGCCCUGUGCAGCCUGGUGACAGACUUUCCGCAGGGUGUGCGCGAGUGUCGGGAGCCGGAACUGGGCCUGGAGGAGCUCCUCCGCCACCGCUGUCAGCUGCUGCAGCAGCAUGAGGAGUACCAGGUACAUGGGGAGGGGACGGGGUGCAAGGAGGACCAGGUGCAAGGGGGAGGGGACAAGGGCUCCAGGAGGACUAGGUGUGUGGGGAGGGGAUGGGGUUCGAGGAGGAUCAGGUGCCAGGGGGAGGGGACAGGGGCUCCAGGAGGACCAGGUACACGGGGAGGUGACGGGGUGCAAGGAGGACCAGGUGUGAGGGGCAGGGGAUGGGGUUCGAGGAGGAUCAUGUGCCGGGGGAGGGGACAGCGGCUCCAGAAGGACCAGGUGAGUUGGGGAAGGGACAGGGUGUGAGGAGGACCAGGUGUGAGGGGGAGGGGCCUGGGGGGUGAGGAAUUCCCCAGGUUAGACCAAGUGUCGUAGUGGGGACCCUAGUAGGGGCAGAGCCAGCCAGUCCUUGCCCUUGGGGGCUCCUGGGUCCGCUGGUUCAGGCUUUCAUUCGUGUUCUCGUGCAUUUCACUCAUCUUCCAUUCAGCAGAUGUUUAUUUCAUGCCUAGCAUUCGUCCCGUGCUGUGUCAAAGUAGGAGAGACAGCAAGGAGACAGGAGCUUGGAGAUUCUUAAAGUGUUGCCCAAUCAUUGAAUUAUUAUCUAAAUUACCCAAUACAGUUGUUUACAUUAAGUAAAUGUCAAUUGAAUAUAAUAUCACUCAAAUGUCUUAAUGAUUAACUAUUUCAUUAAAUUGACAAGAAAUAAAUGGCAAAUAAUAACCAAUUAUUUUAGGUAAAUAACAAGUGAUAAAUAACAAGUCAUCAGAUAUUUAAUUAGAUAAGGGGCAAAUAAAUAACUCAUUAGAUAACUAGAUAACUAACAAAUGCUAAAUCACAACUAAUUAAAAUUCAAAUAGUUAACUGAUUAAGUAAUGUAUUAAUUUGUUGAAGUGAAUGAAUCAAUGCUGGUGCUUCAGCAAAGCCGAGCUUAGCAAACGCACCCACCUCCUUGGGACAUUCUAUUCUAUUGAAUUGAUUCUUAUGUAGACACUGUCAAGUGUCUGUACAUAUUGAAAGUGUACUACAUGGCCAGGCAUGGUGGCUUACGCCUGUAAUCCCAGCAUUUUGGGAGGCCGAGGCAGGCAAAUCAUGAGGUCAGGAGUUCGAGACCAGCCUGGCCAACAUGGUAAAACCCCAUCUCUACUAAAAAUACAAAAAACUAGCUGGGCAUAGUGGCAGGUGCUUGUAAUCCCAGCUACCCAGGAGGCUGAGGCAGGAGAAUCGCUUGAACCGGGGAGGCGGAGGUUGCAGUGAACCAAGAUGCGCCACUGCACUCCAGCCUGGGCGACAGAGUGAGACUCCAUCUCAAAAAAAAAAAAAGUGUACUACAUGAGAAGUUUUGACUUAUGUAUACACCCGUGGAAACAUUCAAAUUAGAUUUGUAACAGAUUUUACUAAUGCUUUGUGAAUAGGUUCCGUAGUCACAUGGUUGAAAAUACAAGACCCGCAGGAGGGUAAACAGUGAAAAGUCUCUCUCCUGCCCCUCCCUCUGGCUACCCAGUUGCUCAGGUGUCCUUCUUAAAAUAUUAGGUGCACACGAGCAAAGGUGCAUGUGAAUUCUCCUUUUUCUCUAUGUUAUGCAAAAUAAGCCUGCCGUGCUGUGAUGGCUGUUCUGCCCCUUGCUUUGUGGGCAUUGCAUGUCUCGCCUGCGGCUCUUUCAUUUUGCAGCUGUACAGUGCGGAUGGGCUCUUUUUUGUAGCAUGGAUAUGCAGGUUGUUUCUACACUCUCGCUAUGACAAACACUGCUGAAAGAAUAACCUUUUGUAUAUGUUAUUACAUAUGUCUGUAGAACAAUUUCUAGAAGGGAAAUGGCUGGGGUCAUGUAUGUUAAAGGUGAAGGUUAAAGGGUUAAGGGCCGUUUCAUUAGCUAUCACCAAGCUGCUCUCCAUAGAAGUUCAACCAUUGACACUCCAGUCAUGAGGGUGCCCAACUCCCCAAAUCUUGGUCAGGACAAAGUGGCCUCGAUGAACCAUUUGACCUUUUUUCAAACUGAUUGUUGAAAAGUAGUACUCUAGUCCAGUUUACAUUUCUCCCAUGAGUGAAAUUUGGCAUCUUUUCUCUUUCUUGUGAACUGUUUGUUCUCAUCCUUUGCCCACUUAUCUAUUUAUUGGGUGAUGGUUUUUGCGAAUGACUUUUUUAAGCUCUUUAAGGGUUAAGUAUAUUAGCCAUUUGUGCUAUGAAUCACAAAUAUUUUUCUCCAACCUCGUUUUCUUUUUCUUUUUUUGCCAUGGGAGUAUCUUUUAUAUUACGUAGUUUAACCUCUCAGUGCUUUCUUUCAUGGUUUCUGGGGUUUGCAUCCGCAGAAAGUUUUGAGCAGUGGUCCAUAUCUGGGAGUUAGAAAGAGCCCAAGAGUGCUGAUAUGAGGCAGACCAAUGGAGUGAGACGAGUCUGCGGGACCCCGGGUUCUAGUUCAAGUAGUUCAGACACCAGUGUGAAGACAGUGAAUCAUGGAUCUGAGCAGUGAUUAAAGAAGCCUAACCUCUGGUUGGUGGGGGGGUGGGUGGUGGCCAGGAGAGAAGAGGAGUACUUCUGGGUGCCAAGAAUGCUGGAGGCAGGGUCCGGCCUCUGCACUCAGGCCCCUUGCUCCCUGCCCCUGCCCAAUCCAGGAGGAGCUGGAGUUCUGUGAAAAGCUGCUACAGACCUGUUUCUCCAGCCCAGCGGACGACAGCAUGGAUCGGUGAAACCAGGUGGCUUCUUGCCCCCUUCUCCGUGGGAACCCCAGGCCUCUUGCCUCCCUCCCCACCUACAAGGCCCUCUCCCAAGGGAUCGCAGGGCCUAGGUGCCUGGACCCAGGGUGUGCCAGCCCGUCUCUGUGCAGUCCCUGGAAGGGGUGCUGAGAAAGGCACCAGCUCCUUGGACCCCACCUCCCAUGCUCUCACUCUCAUCCCCGUUCUCUUGUCCACACAGCUCUUCCAAUAAAGGUGUUUCUCUUCCUCCUUCUCCUCCUUCA